ACUUCAGAAUCACACAAACAUGACCAAAAAUUUUUGGAAUCCAAUAACAUUUCUUUUGUACUCAAGGUUACAAACCUAACACAUUUCAUUUUAUAUUAAUCUUAAAUUAUAACCCUUAACUGAAGUUCUCUUAUAUCUUACAAAAUUAACUAACGCACAUUAAAAAAAAAUAGUUUUAUGUAAUAUUUAGUACAGUGUGUUUACUUAUCAUUAUUUUUUUUACAACUACAGGUAUUUGUAGUGAGAACACACAUCAUGGUGCAUUGCAAAAACUUCAAACCGAACUUUGAAGUGUGUGAAAACAAGCAUAAAAAAAUGUAAGAACAAUAUUCUUUUUAACAUCAUCCCAUAUUAGAAGUUGACAGUUUUAAGUCCACCAUAAUUGAUCUGAAAUCAUCAGAUUAUUCAUGGGACUGUUUCUGCUUGCGCCCAGCACUGGAAGGUGGACGAGGAGCGCGCCGGUCAGGGGUCAAAGCGCUGGCGCUGCAAGCUCACCUCCUCGAGCUCCAGGAAGCGCCGCAGCCCCUCCUGGCAUUCUGCACUGCUCCAGUGCUGCACCAGUAGCUGCGCCUCCGAGUCGAGGGCUGCGUCCAGCUUGGCGCGCAGGCCGUGCCUCAGCAGAGCCUUGGUCGCCUCCAUCGCCUGCCGGCACGCACAGGAAAUGCUCACGCACCUCGCGCGUAGCCGCUAAACACGCUGGGGAAAACAGCCAGCUUGGAAAAACCACGUAAAAUCAAUGCAUCAGGGCCAAAGGUCUUAUCGACACUGGAAACCACGGGACCCGGAGAAAACACUGCAAGAUCCGUCAUCUGAGUUCGACCUCACCGGACAUUGAACUGAUUACCUUGUUGAAAAAGUGUGGUUUCAGUUAACCAUCAAGCAACAUGACCUUCAAACUCUCAAAAAUUCAGUAAAACCCUACAAAUAAAAUCAAACUAAGAAAAUUUCAUUCAUAAUAAUAAGUUCUACUGUUACAUAUUUCUCUUUGGUUCAUUAUACUGUAUGUUUAGAUUUUUUUUGACUUCUGUGAAGUGUAAAAAAAAGUUUCAGUGUAUGGUAAAAUUAGAUUCAAAAAAAUUUGUUACUCAAGAAUGUAAUUUGAUUUUUGAAUUGAAUUAAAAAAAAAUCUGCAUAAGCAGAAACCUAUCUCCAUCUGCCCCUCUUCUUGCCUAGUCACUCAUCAUGGCCAAGCAGCUUUCCCGAUCUGGUGCUUCCUAGAAAGAUAACUGGUGGUGUAGCGAGGCACAAACCGAUUGCGUGGGUGACCUCGGCCGCCAGUGAGUGGCAACAUGCGCGGCGGCGAGGUUGUGGCGCUUGCUGCGCUCACAGCUGCGGCCCUGGCUUCCUUCUCCACCAUCACCAACGAUGAGGACGAUGUGGACUUUGUGUACCCUGGCCAGCCCAACAGUGAGCGCGGACUGCCGCUGUGUGGCCGUGCCAGCGUGUGCAGCACACUGCACCUGCGCAUGUGGCAGCCAGCACUGGUGGAGCGACUGUGCCGCUGCCCUGGGCGCGCAGAGUGCCCCUGGCACUGGUCCGAGCCCCCCGACGCUCGCACCAUGCCGCUCGAUAAUCGCUCACAGCUCAAGUUCUGCGAGAGCGUGGCCAACCUGACACAGUGCACGGGGCAGGAGGCGGCUCUGGUGCAGACGGUAAUCACGCGCAGCGUGCAAGAGGGCAGCGCGGAGGACACCACCGAGACCCAGUACACGGCACAGUGUCUCUGCCCGCCCGGUCGCUACUGGCGACUGCUCAACAGCACGGGUACUGUGGACGCCCUCAACGGCACUACCCACAACACCACCUCGUACCAGUGCAGCUACCUGGAGCGGUGUGUGGCGGGCCAGUUCUGCGGCCACCUGCGACGCGACCACUACUCCUUGUAUCACCGCUGCUCGUGCCCCUGGGGACACCUGUGUCUGUCGCUCGCGCUCCAGCCCCAGCCCACUACCGAGCUGCUGUUUCACGGGCUCGCCUACCGCAGCGUCUGCAGCCCCAACCCCCUUGCCGGUCCCGACACAACGAGCCCCCUCCCCAUUCCCGACGAGCUCCCUCCCUCUUCUUGAUACGCCUCCACUGCCAUCCUCCCUUCCGACGCCCUGUGGUUACAUUGCCACGUCUCCUUCACGAGAACCUUUCCCCCGACCCAAUUCUUUAGGCUUCCUGCAUUUUGCAACACCACGUAAUUUAAUUUAAUGUUUAAUAUUUCAUAGCGAAUAGUUGAACUUUCUAUCAAAAAUGUUUUUGGAUGAUGUACAAUGGGUUGAAAACAUAAAAAUAUAUUACCUAUAUUUUACCUUC